AUGGCGAGAAAGUUUCUACCGCCCCGUUUACUGUGGCGGAAUCAGGUCCUCCUGCGAGGUUUACAGUUGUGGAAUCAGGUCCUCCUGCGAGGUUUACAGUUGUGGAAUCAGGUCCUCCUGCGAGGUUUACAGUUGUGGAAUCAGGUCCUCCUGCGAGGUUUACAGUUGUGGAAUCAGGUCCUCCUGCGAGGUUUACAGUUGUGGAAUCAGGUCCUCCUGCGAGGUUUACAGUUGUGGAAUCAGGUCCUCUUGCGAGGUUCCCUCGUGUCACAGGCGCUUCUCCUCUGGUACACAUCUACUGAGCGAGGGAUACUUUGCUCACGUAGUCCAGGCCAAGUACUGGAGGACUCAUACACAAUGUGUGUGAAAGCUAUUAGUCUCUUUGAAGAAGUCAUCUCGACAGGAUCUUCCAGCUCCAGCUAUAAAACUUCACCACACAUGGAUCAUCCUUGUACAUCAAACGGUCUUCAGGGAAAAUUCUUGAGGAGAUGCACAAACUGCACACAAUGUGUGCAUGUCCGAAGCAAUGUUUGCAAGUUCUGCCAGUGUGACUUCCGAAACAGUAGAGAAUUAAUGAAGAAAGAAGAGGAAGCCCGUUUUCUACUUAAAGGCAAGAAGGCUUUAGAACGAAAUACAGCAAGCCGGGUUCUACGAAGGAUUGAAAAUCAGCACGCACAAGGAAGCUUGAUGCAGAUAAACUUACAUUAGGAUCAGAAGGUGAUAGCGAUAAUGACCUGGAAAAAAAUCAUGACGAGCUACAAGUGCAAGAAAUGCAUCAAGUACAAAAAGUUCCGCAGGUGCAAGAAGUGCAACAAGUACAAAAAGUUCCGCAGGUGCAACAUUUACAAAACGUUCCGCAGGUGCAACAAGGGCUACCAUUAGCAAUCAUUCAGAAACAGCAAGAAGUACAUGUAGUAAAAUUUGAACCACAGGGAAC